AUGUCUGGCCCUGACGCCAGGCUCCCUUUGCCCGUGUUGCAGCCAGAUCAAGCCUCCGGGCCCAGGGAAAUGUCCGGGCCCCACCAGAGCCCUCUGACCCAGGGCUCGAGCAGUUCCAUCCUGCCGCCUCCCAAGUCCAGAGCCUGUGAUCCCGGGACCAUGGGGGCGGGGCCACAGAUGAGCUCAGCAGAAGCAAUGGCCAGGUCAGGGGUGAGCCGACCUGUAGGCUCAGAUGUUUGUUCUGGUCGGGAGACCCGAGAUUCUGAAGCAACUGGACUGCCCCCUGGAGCGCUCCGUUCCUGCCAGGCGGUGCCAGCCAGUCCCUGA